AUGCCUAAAAAAAGGUCUCAAUUAUCUCAACAUAGCUCCCAAGUGAGAUUAACAAAGAUUCGACGUAUUGGAGAAUCAUCUUCAGAAUAUUCUGAUCGACUCGAAAGUCAAAGAGAGUAUUCAUCACAAUCACGGGCCAGAGAAUAUAGCGCCAAACGCUCGCAGCGACUUGCUGAGAAUAGAGAGCGAACCUCGCAAGCUCGCGCAAGGGAAAGUAGCGCCGAUCGUUCGAUUUGUCUUGCAAAUCAAAAUGUCAGAUCGUCAGAGGUUCGCGAAAGACAGUCGAGCGCAGAACGCGCGCAACGCCUUGACAAAAAUCCAACAAGAAUUUCGCAAACACGGGAAAGAGAGUGCAGUGUCGAACGCUCACUUCGCCUUGCAGAACAAAAUGAAACAUCUUCUCAGAUUUACGAACGAGAGUCGAACUCCGAACGUUCACGACGCCUUGCUGGAAACAAAGAUAGAGACUCGCGGGCACGUGCCAGAGUAUCUAGCACCGAACGUUCGCAGCGGCUUGCUGGACUGAGAGCCAGAAACUCACAGGCACGUUUGAGCGAUGGAUAA